CUAACACAGAUCCAUGAGUCAGUAGCCACCUUGAGAGGAAAAAGCCAAGGGAGGAGAGCCAUGUACUUCACAACUCGUAGGAUUUCAUCGACAGUUAUUUCCUUAUUGACCAAUGGGAAAGCCAAACUUCUUUUCUGUGCCUAAUACGCAGUGGAAAAGCCAGACCAAAGCCUCCAACCAGGUGGAAAAAAGAUUCCCUCAACUCAAGAGGAUUAAGCCAAUGUGGCAGUUCCUGUUGCUGCACUGAAGCAUUAUGGUGUACAGUUAAUGACCUGUGAGCAUACUGACAGUAGCCAACGGUGAUAACAUGCAAUCAAUCAAGCAAGAGGUGGACUCCAGUGAGUCCUACAGUGGAGAGGAUGCUCUGGUCCUGGCUGUGGCUUUACAAGGGGCUAACAGAGAUGUGAUAGGCCACAAAAUCUCUACAAUUCCUUUCAAGGCUAAAACUACCUGUCGCAGGAAAAGAGAGUUUAUCCCAGAGGAGAAGAAAGACACCCUUUACUGGGAGAGGCGUCGCAAAAACAACGAGGCGGCCAAACGCUCCAGGGAGAAGCGGCGCAUAAACGACAUGGUGCUUGAGAACAAGCUGGUGGCCCUUGGAGAGGAAAAUGCCUCCCUCAAGGCUGAGCUGCUGUCGUUAAAGCUGAAGUUUGGCCUGGUGAGCUUGGCAGCAUAUGCCCAAGAAGUCCAGAAGUUAUCCAGCUCCAAUGCGAUCAACCUUUACCAGGAGAUUGCUCCAUCCAAUGCUGGCCAGAGUUCUUCCAGCAGGGUUUUGGAGCCUCUUCACUUGCACAGAAGCUGCGUAUCAGUCAUCAAGCAUUCACCUCAUGCACCCGAGACAUGUGCUGCUACUCAGGGCAACUUUGAUAUCUGCAGGACUGCAGAGGUUAAGCAGGAACCAGCAGAGAGUGGCAGUUAUGCACAAGAGAGAAGUAGUCCCUACGAACUCUAUAGAAACUACAUGGCCAGCCCUUUGCCAGGAGUCUACUCCCAGCCUGCCUCAUUCCUGCAGCUCACCAGGUCAUCUAGUAACUCCCCCAGGAGCUCAGAUGAUGGUGCUGUAAGCAAAUCAUCAGACGGUGAGGAUGAGCAGCAGGUCCCCAAAGGGUUGAUGCCAUCUGUAGCUGACCUGAGAAGUGUCAUUGUCUCCACACACAAAGUGCCAGAUGCCAGUUCUUCAGCUUUGCCCCACAAACUGCGGAUCAAAGCCAGAACCAUUCAAAUCAAAGUGGAGGCCAUCGACCCUGAAUAUGAGCCUUCUGGAAAGUCCUCCUCUCCUGUUAGAGUUUCAGAAGGAGGAUGCUACCAGACCACUCAGGACUCUUCAGAGUUUACUCAGUCCUCACUGUGCCCUCUGUCAUUACAGGUCAGCAACAUGCAAGACUGGACCCACCAGUCUGAGCCGUGGCAUAAAAGCAGCACAGGGACGCUGCAGAGUGGCUGCCAAAGUAGCAGGCUAACCACGAGCCCCACCUCAAAUCAAACCUUUGUUGGUGUACAAGAACGUUCCUAUGCACACUCAGAUGCUGAGGACAUCUAUCUAAAACAGGGCCCUGCUGAGCUGUCCGCAAACAUGGCCUCUCUGAAAAGACUGAUCACAGCGCAGCAAGGGUCUGUGAUAGAGUCAACCCAAAGCACCAUUGGUCAUCACAAGUCAUUUUCAGAAGGAUGUUCCUCUGCAUGACCUUUUGUAUUUUUUUUGCAUUUCCACUGUAUUUGCUGUUGCACUGUGUGGUUGGGGUUAAACAACGUUUUGAUUACUGUAAAUUUUCAAAUAAAAGGUGUCUUAAUAAUAGCUAUUGGAGCAUGAACAAAGGCUGUCCGCUAAUAUAGACGGAUUAAAAACAUUGAGGGGGGUGAAAUUACCUCUACUGUAACAGUUUACAUGGUACAUUCAGUGUAAUGUACAAUGUCACAGCACUUAUUUCAUCAGUAUAACAACAGAGUUGUGUCAUACUCAUCACUCUGCUCCUCAGUGUUUCUCCUCAUUAACACAAAUACUGUUUCCAUUAGCUGUUUAAUUUCAUUUGCUUUUACUCUGGUGCAGCAACUUACAGCCAAUGAAACUAAACACUUCCUGCAUUUUUUACAUUAAAUCUACUAGUAACAGUUGGGAAUAGGAGUAUAUAAAGCAGGGAUACUCAACUUGCUUUCCCUGGGGGCCACUUUUGAAAAAUAACAGGAAGUCUGGGAUCAGUCAGCAGCCCUGCACAUGUAUGCAAGGGCGCCUCUAGGAAUUGACGACAAUCGGGGCUUAGCCCAGACCUCUGUCAGGGGUUCCAGGGGAACCUUCCUGGCAAUUUUUUUGUUAUACAAGCUCUGUUUUGAUGCUUUGUUAUGCAUUUACAGCUGCUUUCAAACCGCCUGUAGCAGCUCCUUCGCCCAUACCUGUAAAGCUCAGUACCAGAACCCACCCGUUACCCGUCAUUAUGUCUAAGUCAAAGCUCGAUGCCGGGAUGGCAGAAACAUUCUGCGCAAUCAUUGCCAGGUUAGGAAGCAUUUUAGCAUACUCCUUUCACAACCAGAAAACCUCAAAAGGAUCCUCCAUGGAUGUCUUGAACUUGAUGUGGGCUGCCACCUCAUCCUUGGGCUGCAAAGUUUUAUCGCCUGAGUCCUCCAUGAUGGUGACAAAUGUGAUGAUGGGGUGAAAAGUUUAACUUGUGUCAUUGUCUCUCAAAAUGAAUCGAAUUGCAGCUUGAUAAUAGUGAUUUAGAUGUCAAAAUAUUUCACAUAUACUGCACAUUUUUCAUUUAUUUUAUUCUGAAAAAUAAAAAAUAUAUUUUUGUUCUCA